GGGCGGGGCUUGCAGGCUAUGGUGUUCAAGGCAAAGGGGAAGGGAAUAAAAGCACAAAAUGCUGGGAAAACUCAGUCAGUUUAACGAGUAUCUGUGGAGAGAGAGAGAAGCAGAGUUAACAUAUCGGGUUCGCACAAUUCUUCAGAGGGGAGGGAAAGAUGGUUUCUGGUUUGAAGCUGAAGAAUCCAUUUGCACCCACUGCAGGUGAAGGGACAAGUGAGGGGAGGGGUUUAUCAUGGAGAAAAGGACUUGGAUUGUUCAGGGGUAACUCCGGAGACACAGCAAACCUUAACAUGACCAAACCAAAUGUGCUGUCAGAAGACACUAGACCAUCUGAUGUACUUGAGUUUCCCAGCCCCGGGGCUAAUAGUGACUAGUGGAGGAAGGACAGGGGUGACUGGUUUGGUGGUGGUAACCAACUGAAGGCAGAAGACGUUGACCAGUAGCUCCAGGGACUGGCCUGGAGUCUCCAGUAAUUGAAGAUCAAUCUCCAGGACACUGCUGUGUGCAACCCUGGAGAAAAACCAUUGAAAAUAUUGGGGGUUUUUUUGUCAUUUUUCUUUGAAUAUAUCUCUUUACCAGAUAUUAAAAAAAUAUUGAAAAUGGGGGAAUAAAGAUUGUUUGGCUGACAGUCAAGCAUCAUCCAAUUGGAUAAUGAGUAUUCUGCUUUCUAAGUGGCGUAGGAAGGCAAAGGUUGAACGUGUUGACCGACUAAUGACGAGUGUCAGUGGCAGAGGCUGCUGUGGAGAUGGUUGUUCGCCAUGGCCGACCUGUUCGACGGAAUUACCUUGAUCGUGAACAACAGAGACCGAGACCAACUGGACACCCCACAGCAGCUGGAGAACAAGGUGCGCAACAAGUUGGUGCUGCUCUACUUUGGCUCCAGGGAGUGCCCGAAAUGCCAGGAGUUCGCCCCUGUGCUGCAGGAGUUCUCCAACCGGCUGAUGGACGAGUUUUAUGUGGAACGGGCAGCUCAGCUGGUGUUCGUGUAUGUCUCCCAGGAUCAAACUGAGGAGAAGGAGCAGCAAUACCUCAAGAGGCUGCACAGGAAGUGGCUCUACCUACCUUUUCGGGACAAGUACAAAAGAGAGUUACAAAAGAAGUACAACAUCAAGGUCAUCCCAAGCAUCAUUGUUCUCAAACCUAAUGGAGAUCUUAUCACCAGAAAUGGAGUGGCAGAGAUCUCAACAAUGGGAAUGGAUUGUUUCAAGAACUGGUGGGAAGCAUCAGAGGUCAUUGACAGGAAUUUUCUCCUGGCAGAAGACUUUGAGGACUGGACCUGGAAGAGUCUGACAGACCCCUUAAGGCAGCUUAAGUACAAGAUUAAGACUGGGAAGGAGAAAGCCCACGACAUGGAGUGAGCAGCAUUUCGUUUUACAGCUUGAGUUUCUGCCCAACUCUUUCCACGUUCCAGGAUUGUAUCCUGUUUCCAUAAUGAAUCCCCCAGAAUCUUUUAUUCCCUCCUGGUAUGUGAUAGCAAAGCCCAGCUCCAAACUGCAGUAAAUCGUGGACUGGAGAAUAGGUGAAUUCUUUCCAUAAUCUCCAGUAGCCUCAGAAAGGGGGGAAAAGACACACCUCCAGACUAUUGCAUACAGGCUAAACUACCCAACUAGAUUUAUUUACAAAUAAAACUAUAUAUCAAUGCAAGGAAACAGUACAAUACUUAAACAAUAGAAUUGGAAUCAGUCCAUUAGGCUUAUAUGUAGCCCUAUCCUUGCAAUCUCUUCCCAACAAAUACGUGGAAAACAGAUUCCUGUAACUUCUGUGAGAUGCUCCUCCUCGCCAUUGGCACAAUUAGUGAUAAGGUGAAUAAGGAAGUAAUGAAAAGUAUAGGGACCCUAGAAUAUAAGCAUUUCCUUUCUUUAAUGUAGAAGCAUAGCUGUUGAGAAUGAUUGUUUGCUUCAGUUCGCCACCAAGGUAAUAAUUGUCUUACCCUGUAACAAUUGAUCCUAAUCUUAAAUCACACUUUAUAAUGAAUGGGAUUCCUACUCACAGCAAUUGUGGAAUGCAGUCUUUGGCAUCUAGUAGAUACUUGUCAUUUAUCCCAAUGUAUCCAUUUGUGCACAUUACCACUUAAAGACUAACCAUUAAAGGAAAUCUUUUAGUUGG